AUGGCUGUCAUAACCUGGCCAAUCUUGGCCAUCCUCGGCUUGGUGGCGUACACCGUCUACCAUCAUUCAAACAAACCCCGAGGCAAGCUUCCGCCCGGCCCCAAGCCACUCCCGCUACUCGGAAACAUCAGAGACUUCCCGCCCAAUGGCGUCCCGGAGCACCUCCACUGGAUCAAGCACAAGGAUUUAUAUGGGCCAAUUAGUUCCGUGACAGUCAUGGGAAUGACGCUCGUCAUUGUCAACGACAGGCAGAUGGCGCACGACUUGCUUGACCAGGAUGCAGUCAAAACAUCUGGACGACCCACGAUGGAAAUGGCGGGCAAGUUGUGCGGCUACGAGAACGUCCUCCUCUGCCAGGGCUACACUCCCGACUACCUCCGUCGCCGCAAGUUCGUUCAUCAAGAGUUGGGGACCAAGGCUUCUGCGGCGCAAUUUCUCGAUGUACAAGUGGCUGAGGUGGGCCGGCAGCUUGUGCGUUCGUUGAGGGAGCCUGGCGACUUGCUGCGUCACUUUAAAAAGGCUGCCGCAGCCACAUCGUUGAAGGUGACAUACGGAUACACCAUCGAGCCUCACAAGCCAGAUGCCUUGGUCGACAUGAUUGAAAAGGCCCUGACGGAAUUUGCAAUCGCAGCCAGUCCCAUGGCCUGGGCCGUCGACAUAUUCCCUGCCCUCCGCCAUCUUCCUGAAAACUUCCCCGGUGCGACCUUCCAGAAGCAGGCAAAGCAGUGGCGCAAGUCGAUCCAGUCGUCAGCCUACAUCCCACUCGAGUUCGUCAAGAAUCAGAUGGCCAACUUCACCUCGCCAACUUGUUUCGUGUCCAAGACUGUGCAGCAACUGGGAGUCGGCGACGACGGAAAGUUGAGUGCCGAAGACGAGGACGCUGUGUUGUGGGCAGCUUGCAGUCUCUACGGUGCCUCUACGGACACGACGGUGAUUGUGCUGACCAGCUUUGCCCUGGCCAUGCUCAAAUUCCCCGACGUCCAGCGCAAAGCGCAAGAGGAGAUUGACCGGGUCAUCGGGACGGGUCGCCUGCCGGGCUUCGAGGACCGCGAGAAGCUACCAUACGUCGACGCUUUGGUGAAGGAGGCCUUGCGGUGGUGGCCGCUCACGCCCAUGGGCUUCCCUCACACCGCAACCGAGGAUUUCGAAUAUGAGGGAUAUCAUAUCCCAAAGGGCGCCAUGAUCUUGCCUUCAGUUUACUGGUUCUUACACGAUCCCGAGGUGCACGCUGAUCCUGACACGUUCGACCCCGACCGCUUCCUUCCGCCUCGCAAUGAGCCCGAUUCUCACAUCGAAGCGUUCGGUUACGGGCGCAGGAUUUGCGUCGGAAAGGUCUUUGCUGACAACAGUCUGUAUCUCAACAUUGCGCAGACGAUUGCGGCGUUCAACUUCAGCUGGGCUGUUGGUGAGGACGGCAAAGAGGUCGAGGUGGAUGUGCAGCCGAAGCCCGGCGUGCUUAUGUACGGAACGGAUUUCAAGUUCAAGGUUACGCCUCGUAGCGAGAAACAUGUCGAGUUGAUCAAACAGCUGGAGAGGAAGUAUCCGUUCGAGGCGAGUAACGCUGCGCAGCUUUCCGAUCCGAAGGACUUUGUUAUCCGGUACUAG